GUUCUCGUCAUCACCUCCGUCGCCCUCGCCCCCGCUUUCGCCAUGCACCGUCUGUCCAACGCGUCCUCUUCUGCUGUUCGUCGCACUGCCCCGAAGGCCGCGAAGCCUGUGCUCAAGCGCGGCGCCCACAAGGAGAUUAAGUUCUCCAACGAGGGUCGGGCCAGUAUCUUGAACGGUGUCGACAUCCUUGCCAACGCCGUCAGCGUUACUCUCGGUCCUAAGGGUCGCAACGUCAUCAUCGAGCAGCCCUUCGGUGGGCCCAAGAUCACCAAGGAUGGUGUCACCGUUGCAAAGUCGAUCACUCUCAAGGACAAGUUCGAGAAUCUCGGUGCUCGUCUCGUCCAGGACGUCGCCCAGAAGACAAACGAGAUUGCUGGUGACGGUACCACUACUGCGACUGUCCUUGCCCGUGCAAUCUAUGCCGAGGGCGUGAAGAAUGUCGCCGCCGGCUGCAACCCCAUGGACCUCCGCCGCGGCUCCCAGGCUGCCGUCGACCGUGUCGUCGAGUUCCUUUCCAGCCACACCAAGACGAUCACUACUACUGCUGAGAUUGCUCAGGUCGCGACUAUCUCCGCCAACGGCGAUGCUCACGUUGGCAACCUCAUCGCUCAGGCCAUGGAGAAGGUUGGCAAGGAGGGCGUUAUCACCGUCAAGGAGGGCCGCACCAUCGAGGAUGAGAUAGAGAUCACUGAGGGUAUGCGCUUCGACCGCGGCUUCAUCUCCCCUUACUUCGUCACCGACGUCAAGAACCAAAAGGUGGAAUACGAAAAGCCCCUUAUCCUCCUCUCCGAGAAGAAGAUCUCGUCUAUCAACGACAUCCUCCCCUCGCUGGAGAUCGCUGCCCAGGCUCGUCGCCCCCUCAUCAUCAUCGCCGAGGACGUCGACGGUGAGGCUCUUGCCGCGUGCGUUGUCAACAAGCUUCGCGGUCAGCUCCAGGUCUGCGCCGUCAAGGCCCCCGGCUUCGGUGACAACCGCAAGUCCAUCCUUGGCGACCUUGCCAUCCUCACCGGUGGUACCGUGUUCACCGACGAGCUCGACAUCAAGCUCGACCGCGUCACCGCCGACAUGCUCGGCUCCACCGGUGCCAUCACCGUCACUAAGGAGGACACCAUCAUUCUCAACGGCGAGGGCUCCAAGGAUGCCAUCCAGGCGCGUUGUGAGCAGAUUCGUGCUCUCAUCGAGGACCGCACGACCUCGGAAUACGACCGCACCAAGCUCCAGGAACGCCUCGCGAAGCUCUCUGGCGGUGUCGCCGUGAUCAAGGUCGGCGGUUCGUCCGAAGUUGAGGUCGGUGAGAAGAAGGACCGCUACGAUGACGCGCUCAAUGCGACUCGCGCCGCCGUUGAGGAGGGUAUCCUGCCCGGCGGUGGUGUCGCCCUCCUGAAGGCGUCGCUCGCACUUGCAUCAAGCACACCCGGCGCACACGGCAACCAGCCUGUCUCCCCCGACGCGAAGCCAAUCGCCACCGCGAACUUCGACCAGGAGCUCGGCGUGUCCAUCAUCCGCCGCGCGCUGACGCACCCCUCGCGCCGCAUCCUCGAGAACGCGGGCGAGGAGGCGUCGGUCAUCGUGGGCACUCUCCUCAACCAGUACGGCGCUUCCGACAAGUUCGCAUGGGGAUACGACGCCAGCAAGGGCGAGUACGUCGAUAUGAUCCAGGCCGGUAUCGUCGACCCAUUCAAGGUCGUGCGCACGGCGCUCGUCGAUGCCGCGGGUGUCGCGAGUCUGUUGACGACGAGCGAGGCGUGCGUCGUCGAGCACGAGGACCCGAAGGCGGCACCCCCGAUGGGCGGCAUGGGUGGUAUGGGCGGUAUGGGUGGCUUCUGAGCGGGCUCUGACGUGGUCGGCGGGGGCGUGUAAGUCGUCUUCGUCGUCGUUGUCGCCGCGCGCCGGAACUCUCCUGUGUCAAAAGUAAUACACUGCUGCUUAGUCUUCUACUUUGCACUCGCCCAUCGCACACGUCUCAUCACAUCCUACGUACUACAUUGUCGCGCAUAGUCUUUGGCUGGUUCUAUGUUUUGGUCACCACAUGUUGCUACGAUAUACCUAGAUAGUUGCAUAGUCUAAUCGCUGUCUCUUACAUCACUCACGCACUUAUCAAUAUCAUGACGCACCCUACUCUUGAUCUCUAGCUUGAACAGUCGUCUUGGUGGGACAUUGAACGAGGUGGGAACGCGGAGAGUUAAGUGACAGGGGAGAUGUCGAAUGUUUUAUGUUGGCAUAGAUGACUGAGACGGUCAGCUGCCGUAUAUCACUCCGAAGUAGUUCGUAAACGCGCUCCAGCUACAAGUAAUAGCAU